AUGCGUAUGGUAAAAAAUAACAGUAUCGCGCAAUGCACUGUCGCCGGAGAACCACGCAUGCAUCUACGACUCGUUUUCUCGAAUGGAACUGUUCGUCCAUUGGAUUUCGACUUUCCCGUGAAUAAAUGGAAUUAUUGUCCGACUGACCGGAUUCAUGUAUGCUUAGUUGAACCGAAUCUUAUUCUGUUAAAUUAUUUUAAUUUUUCGGAUGUUGAACCUGAAAAGAAUGGCGUUUAUCAAGAGAAUGGAGUGUUUGUAGACUAUUGGGGAAAUAUUAAAAAUACUUUUCGGCUUGGUUUUGGGUCUCCGUACCGGUACCACAGAAGAAUUACAAUGGGAUUUAGCUCCUCAGACGGGAUAUUAAGAACCUAUCAGUUGCCUAAUGGAGAUAUAGGGUGGAACAGAUUCACAAAGCCUGAUGAAAACGCCCAAAUAUCGAAUGACGGAGAAGGCCUUUUCUAUAAUAAAUCCAUAAAUAAAAAUAUCACUACUUUCAGAACAUUUAAUUUACUUGAAGGAGGAUUUGGCUGUAUUGUAGUCAUCCGGCCUAUAGCUCAAAGUCCACUGGAGUUACAGGAUGUGUCUCUUCCACAAUGGAAUGCAUAUGUAUCAUUUUUGAAAACUGGCAGCUCGAUUCCGACAAAACCUUUUAUUCUGUAUCAGACACAUAUGGAAUUCAUAAAACUAGAAUUUACGCAAUGUGCAAUAGUCUAUGAUGGAAGUGGAAAUGAAUGUCUUAUGACAACAUUGAUGAAUCAUACUGUUUCUAUGAAAACUCAAAAUCAAAUAGCAACAAAUACAAAUAUCAUAUCAAAUGACAAUAAUUCUACAACAACAGCAGAUCUAAACCAACUAUUUAAAACAACUUUAAAUAUUCAUUUUGGAAGUCAAGGUUCUGUGACUGACAUUCAAAAAUUAGCUGCUGAUUCUCAAAUCAAUGACUUGUAUCCACUUUUCUAUGGUGGAUAUGUAACAAUUAGAGUGGUGAAUAAUGCAACAAAUGAGACAGGUGGUGAUAUGCUGGAUCGUGAUGGUAUUGUAAGAGAAAAAUGGAGUUUUAAAACAUUUACUAAUCAUUCCUGUAUGUUUCCUCUGAACAAUGCUAUAUGGGCUGCGAAAAAAGAUUCAAAAGCAGCUAGAAAUUGGACAAUAUUAACAAAAAAAUUCCCCAGACUUAAAGCUACAAAUGCUGAUGAUCGUUAUCGAAAUCCAAAUAUUGGCACUACGUAUCCAAAAAUUGGAGCCGUUAUUCCAUCUAAUAUAGCACAAAUAAACAUCACCUAUGACGAGCAUGUUAUCUUGUCAUCCGGUAAUAUUACGAUAUAUCAAGAAGGCAAAUCUGGAUCAGCUGAUAUUUUUCGUCAAGGAGUAAAUCGAUUGUCGAAAGAUUGCCAGAUUACCAUAAAAGACAAAACAGUCUUGAUUCCUGUUUUGGACUCAACUUUUAAUGUCCAGAAUGCUACUUAUUAUGUGAUUGUUGAUACGAAUUUCGUUCGAGCUUCUGAUACAGGUGAAGCGUUACUUGGAAUGGGUCAAGACAGUUGGCGAUUUACUACUGAGCCAUUUAAAGCUGGUGGAGACGAUAAUGGCAGAAAAUCAGGAAUGAUUCGAUUAAUACCUGAGGCUACAACAGAAUUUAAAAACCUAUUGAAGAGUAGUUCUUCCAUCUAUGAAGAUAUAUUGAAUGAGCUUGCAAAUGUGCUUCCAAUCUCAUGUAAAAGACUCAAAAUAAAGAAAAAAUACCAAAUCGACAGUGAUCAAAUUCUUCUUCGAAUAACUAUUUUACCAUCAGAAAAUAAUUUCGAAAAUAGCAUCAAGCAGAUUGUGAGUAAUUUGAAAACUCUUAUAAAACAUAAGGAAAUCACGUCUAUUUCAAGAUACAAUUAUACUGAGUGGUUAGAUAGUAGUUAUGGGUUCCAAGAAUCAAUUGAUUUAUGGGAAGAAUACAAGGUUGUGUUUGUUGUAGCUAUUACUGUCAAUUUUUUGAUUGCUAUUUUGUUUUUCAUGGCUCGGCGUAAGAAUAAACAAAGUCAAAAUAUUGUCAUCGUUACAAGUGCACUGAUUCUACAAGAUGUUCUUUUCGAUUUUGCAUUUGUGAUAUUUAAUGGUAAAGAUGUACCGAAACUUUUUAUUCCCAGUUUACUCACACUAAUAAUUCCAAUAGCCAUGAAUUGCACAAUCGCUCUCUACGUAAUGUUAUCGGAAAAUUCACGAAACGACAAAUUUAAUUCCUGGUUCCGAAAGUAUCCACAAGUCGCUGCAGCGUGCACUCUGUUUGCUAGUGGCGAUGUUGUUAUAUUGCAUGUACUUACUUCUCAAGUGGCAGGCCUUCAAAUCUUUUCUGCUACGUUUUCUGAACAUGCCGAGACCGUUAUAUUUAUAACGAGCACGUUGAAUUUGUUUAUUGAGGAUAUUCCGCAGUUUAUUAUACGGAUUCUCCAUUGGCAGAAUACUGUCGAAUACGGUAUAAUUCCAUUGAUUGCGUUAUGGACCAGUAUACUAGUUUUAUUGAAUGCUUUUAUUGGUCGACUAUAUAAUGGUGCAAUACAAUGUCAGAAAAGACGAAGAUUGAUAGCAAUUAGUACAGAACUCGAGGAGGAAAAAACUGGCAUAUAA